AUGGCGGCUGAGGGCAGCCUUUUGCCUGUCGGCAGGGAUGCCAGAAAAGUUGGCUUGCAAUGUGAUGAUUAUCAUAACUGCCCUGAUUCUUGGACAUGCUGCCAAUCCAUUCAUGGUGGGUGGGCCUGCUGUCCCUACCCCUUGGGCCAGUGCUGUGCAGAUGGUUUCCACUGCUGUCCUCAGGGCUCCACCUGCGAUCUCCUCACCUUCCGCUGCCUCAGUGGUAGUGCCUCCAUACCUGCCUCUCCCCAACUACCUGCUGUCAGGACUGACUAUCAGCUGUUUGGUUCUCUCCCUAUGCAGGACCCGUGCUGUCUGAAUGGGGAUGAGGCAGGCUGCUGCCAGGUGGGGUUCCACUGUGAUAGAGAGCGGAGGGUCUGUGUGGCGGACUUGGCCCCCCUGGACAUCUGGACCACUCUGGAGCAGGGGCAGGGACUGGAGGCCCCCGGAGGUGGAGCAGUGGCCCUGAGGGGCGUCAUCCGCUGUGACGGAAGGUUCUACUGCCCCGCUGACCACUCCUGCUGUAGGACCCCCACCGGCGAGUGGGGCUGCUGCCCAUACCGGCUGGGAGUGUGCUGCACGGAUGGCAGACACUGCUGUGAUUAUCACAUGACAUGUGAUGAGUCCUCUUUGAGCUGUAAUCAAGGAGAGAACUCCAUCACCUCAGCUUCCAUGGGCCAGAUACUGAGAAUAUGAUGCAGCAGUCUGCAUAUGCCAUUCUAGAAUGGCAGUCAGCACGCUUCAUUCUAGAAUGGCAGUUAGCACGCUUCUGUUAAAGAAUCUCUGACGCUUCAUUCUAGAAUGGCAGUCAGCACGCUUCAUUCUAGAAUGGCAAUUCUUUUAAAAAAAAUCUCAUUUCAUUCCAUUUAGCACUGAGCAGAAAAUGUGUUUCUAUUCAUAUCACUCACGUCAAUCACAUUUCACAAUCAUGAAUUAGCCUACAGUUAAGGCUGUUAAUAAAUAAAUAAAUAAAUAAAUACAUAAUAAUAAUAAAUAAAUACACAGUAAAUAAAUUUAAACUUAAUUUGAGUCAGUGUGACUUUGUUCUCACACACUGGAUUAGGAAUUCUGUAUGAGAUUUAGUAUAUCCAUACAGCUCUGGUCCUGCUUUAACCAUAGAUGAUGUGUGUUUCACAUAGAAAACAGAAUUUAGUCGCACUUAUGGUUGCCACCUUUCAGAAAUAAAAAUAAGGGACACUUGAUUGUCGCGGGGGGUUCAAACACGCGUUGUGUACUCUACCUUAAAGAGACACUGUGUGAGAUUUUUUGUUGUUUAUUUCCAGAAUUCAUGCUGCCCAUUCACUAAUGUUACAUUUUUCAUGAAUACUUACCACCACCAUCAAAUUCUAGGUAUUCAUUAUGACUGGAAAAAUUGCACUUUUUAUACAUGAAAAGGAGGAUCUUCUCCAUGG